AUGAAAAAGGCUGGCCGACCGGUUGAAGCUAAGCACCCAAACGUGGUCUUCAACCGAUGCUCGGCGCACGCCAUGAACCUGCUCCUGAAGGAUAUCUUCAAGAUCAAGUUGUUUGGAGACGUGCUGAAGAAGGCCAUCAAGAUCGUCAAGUUUGUGCGCGCUAGACACCUGCUGCUCGAUCAAGUUCGGCGUUACCGGCGCCAGCUACAAAAAGCAAGGAAGGCAGGCGAGUUAGCGGUCCCUCUUAUGAAGCACUACACGGACAAAGAGAGUCAGGUGAAGCUGGACGAAGUUCAAGGUAUUGUCAACGAUAAGCAGUUUUGGAUCAAGGCGAAGGUUGUCGUUCGGCUGACGAAACCGGUUACACGAGCACUAGCUGUCCUGGAGACGGAUGCUUGUUCGAACUCAAUGGUCCUGCACGAGUUUCUUCGGCUGUAUCGGGCGCCAGAGUACACUGAAGGUAUCGCAGCUUUAGCCGGCAGCUCCGUUCAAGAUGAAAUUCGCAAGCUGAUUGCUAGUCGAUGGGACUUCAUUCGUCCACCGUCCGAUUCCACGACGGUUGCAUACCUGCUGGAUCCGUCCAAGGACAUCUUUAACUAA